AUGGCGACGUUCUCCUUUUUCGUUCUCAUUACUCUUCUCUCCGUGCACCUCGCAUUGUCCGCAGAUCCGCCUCAGAUCUCGCCCUCCCCUACUCCCAAGCUCACCGCCGACUCCACUCCCACCAUCUCCCCUUCGAAGCCCACCGCUUCGCUGGCUCCCGCUCCAGCCAAUGCGCCUCAUAGCUCGAUCUCAUCCUCGUCGUCGCUACUUCCCUUGGAUGCGGCUCCCGCCUCUUCCCCGUCCACAUCCCCUUCCCCUCCAUCUCAAUCUCCGUUGGUUCCAUGCUACUUCAUCUUUGGCGACUCUAUAAACGACAAUGGGAACAAUAACAAUCGAGAUACAAAGAUCAAGGCGACAUCCCCUCCGUAUGGGAUCAAUUACCCAGACGAUCCGACUGGAAGGUUCACCAAUGGCCAGAAUAUCGCAGAUCUUAUAGUUGAGUUCUUGGGCUUUGAAAGCCGUCUUGCUCCCUAUGCAAAUGCAACAGAUGAAGACAUAAUACGAGGACUCGUCAAUUAUGCAUCAGGUGGUGUUGGAAUUUUGGAGGAAACCGGGAAGGAAUCGAUCCUCGGAGGGAACAAGGCACUGGCAAGGUCUCACCUCAGCAAGUGCUUGCACCACAUCUCUCUAGGAAACAAUGACUUCUCCGGAAAUUACUUCAGACCCUGGCAGUUUUCCAGCAGUCGCAAGUAUAACCCGGAAUUGUUUGCCAAUCGUUUAGUCGAAACUUUGACGGAAAGGAUAAGGACAUUGUAUGAGUAUGGGGCAAGGAAAGUGAUACUUUCAGGAGUCACGAUGAUCGGGCGCAUGCCCUCUGCACUGGCUCAUCAUCCUCUUAGGCGAUCACAGUGCGUAGAGGAGUAUCACAUCCCGGUCCGAAUAUACAAUGCCAAGCUUAAGUCCCUUGUUGAUAACUUUAAUCGAGACUACUCCGAUGCUAAGUUCAUCUAUGUGGACGAUUUCAGCAACUUGAGGGAGAUCAUGGAUAGCCCAUUAUCAUAUGGUUUUGCAGUCACGGAUCAGGCCUGCUGUGGCAUAGGGAAGAAUCACGCGUCAAUAUUAUGUCUGCCGAACUUUAUCCCCUGCAAGAACAGGGACCAGUACGUGUUCUGGGACUCCUGGCACCCAACUGAAGCGGCAUCGCUUGUUGCCGUGAAGAGGUUGUUUGGUAACAAUGCUCGAUCCUUCACUUACCCCAUUACUAUCCUCGAACUUGCAGAGCUAUGA